GAGGAUGUUUCCCUAGCGGAAUGUGGAGUCGGUUUCCUAUGAUGCGGGGUCCGGUUACGGCUAGACGUCGUAUUUCUGUGAGGAGUAUCUGGCGAAGGGUUGAAAGGAUGGACAAGGGCGAGCAUAGCGGUUCGACCGUUGAAAGUAAAUGAUUUCAAGAGAAUUUUAUGACCGACGCGAUAUUACAGGUGGAUGUACGGCUUGAGAAGAUGUGGAUCAACGAGAAAGGGUGUGAGAAUGCUUCAGGUCACGCUUCGUCACCUUUCGUCACGCUCUUUUCAUUCCGCCUGGUGCCACAAUCGUAUUCAAUGAGAUUCUAUGUUCAUAAUGCUCAAAGUAGGCUUGGUCUCACCAAUACCAUCUCUUUUUCCACCCUUUUCUACCUCAGUCCAAAGUGGUUCAUGGCGCGCCACGCAUGACGAAGUCAAUAUGAUUCUUGAGUAGAUAUACCGGGAUCUCAAACGUG